AUGAGUGGUCGCGGCAAGGGAGGAAAAGGACUCGGUAAAGGAGGCGCCAAGCGUCACCGCAAAGUUCUCCGUGAUAACAUCCAGGGAAUCACCAAACCCGCUAUCCGCCGUCUGGCUCGCCGUGGUGGAGUGAAGCGUAUCUCUGGUCUGAUCUACGAGGAGACCCGCGGUGUGUUGAAGGUGUUCCUGGAGAACGUGAUCCGUGAUGCCGUCACCUACACCGAGCACGCCAAGAGGAAGACUGUGACCGCCAUGGAUGUGGUGUAUGCUCUGAAGAGGCAGGGUCGCACUCUGCCUAUUGCUCUUAAAUUGUGAUCAGAAAAAGAAGUCAUGGCAAGAACCAAGCAGACCGCUCGUAAAUCCACCGGAGGCAAAGCCCCGAGGAAGCAGCUGGCCACCAAGGCUGCCCGUAAGAGCGCCCCGGCCACCGGCGGCGUGAAGAAGCCUCACCGUUACAGGCCCGGUACCGUGGCUCUGAGAGAGAUCCGUCGCUACCAGAAAUCCACCGAGCUGCUCAUCCGCAAGCUGCCCUUCCAGCGCCUCGUCCGAGAAAUCGCUCAGGACUUCAAGACCGACCUGCGCUUCCAGAGCUCCGCUGUCAUGGCUCUGCAGGAGGCCAGUGAGGCUUACCUGGUGGGCCUGUUUGAGGACACCAACCUGUGCGCCAUCCAUGCCAAGAGAGUCACCAUCAUGCCCAAAGACAUCCAGCUGGCCCGUCGCAUCCGUGGAGAGAGAGCUUAAACACUCUGCUGCCGCUCCAGAAACCACAACGGCUCUUUUAAGAGCCACCUCACU